CACAAACCCAAAUUUCCCUGAGCACAAAACUUCAGGCCGUGGUUUUUUCUGUUUUCUUCUCUCGCUCGCUCAUCUCGCCGCUUUGAUCUCUUCGUUAGAUCCAAGAUGAGGUUCAAUAUCACCAAUCCCACCACUGGGGUGCCAGAAAAAGCUCGAGAUUGACGACGACCAGAAGCUCUCAAUAAAACAAAAACAAAACAUUUCCCUCAAUUGGAAACCUAGGUUCUGAGUUCUGAGUAGCAGCCAUCUCCUCCUCCUCCUUCCCUCUCUCUCUAUCUCUCUCGCGAAAAGAGGAAGGAGAUGAAGGCGGUGACCGGUACAGUGACCUCGUCGAAACCGAUCUCUCUAUCUAAAGCGUCGACGGCCCUCUCCCGCUUUGCCGCCGGUGACAACGGAGCUCGCCGUGAGAUCUCCGCCUACUUGAAGCGCGUGUCCAACGCUUUCCAAGAUCUCGUUCAAGUGCACCGAGAGCUGAGGUUCAUAAGGAAGGGAGCAGGCGUCGAGAUCAAGCGAGAGGUCGAAGAUGAAGACGAAUCGAGUAGGAGGAGGAGGAGGAAGGAGGAACAUCAGGAUCCAAACCCUAGGGUGAGUUUGCAAGCUAAUGCUAAGGUCAAAGUAGAAGUUGUUGACGAGGUGGUUGAGGAUGAGGCGGAGGAGAGGAGAAAGAAGAAGAAUAAAGAAAAGAGGAGGGAAAAAGAAGUGGUGGAGAAUGGAGAAGGGAAGAAGAGGAAGCAUUCGAGUGUUGAAGAAGCAAAGGGGUCAACGGAGGAUGUAAGCGAGAGGCGAGAAAAGAAGAAAAAGAGGAGGAAAACUGCUAAUGAGGAGUAGGAACUUAUAGUGAUAAAAGUUUUUUUGUGCUCACUGGUUAUCGAUUUGUGGAGAAGUUUUGGAAGUUUUCUUCUCAAUUUUGACUCUCGGGGAAGGAGUUUGUGAUUUAAUUCAACAUGUAUUUUAGCAAUUGAUAGAUAGUUGCAUGCCUAUCUAAACGUGACAUGUUUUGUUUUGAAAUAUAUGUUAAAUUAUCAGAAAGAUUAUUUUUGUGGCUCAUUUGAUUCA